AUGGCAAAAUCAACAAAGACUGACACUGGUGAACUCUUUUUAAGUCGUCUCUCGGAAACUUAUAUAUGUCGUCCGGGUGAUAAUAUACUUCUUGAAUGUUAUGUUCGUCAUCAACGAGUUAAAGCAGUUGUUUGGUAUGCAAAUGGUGAAUUAGUUGAAGUAAGAGGUUUUCGUAUGUGGCAUCGAUAUACACCAGCAACAGGUCUAUGUGCCCUUUAUAUACGUUCUGUACUUUAUACGGAUGAAGGUUCAUAUUGUUGUCAAGCAAUAGGUUUGGAUAAUACUACAGAAUUAUUACAUGUUAAAAUACAAAUUGAUAAUUCUGAUAAAGCUUGGACUAAAAUUCCUAUUCUUCAUAUGGCUGGCCAUAUUUCGCCAGAAGAUGAAGAUGAAUCAAAGACAAUUUUUGUAACGCCUACGAAUCAAAAUACUAUAAUUAAUGAUAAUAUGUUUCCUAUACAUUGGUAUGAACUACGUCUCGAUCGAGCAUUACCUGAUCCAAUUAUAAUUACUGAAAAUCAUCCAUUACAACUAUCAUGUCGUAUUGCUGGUCUUCAUAUUGAAAAAUUUGAAUGGUAUAGAAAUGGAGAAUUAGUUUCUGUUUCAAAUGAUAGUCCACCAUCAUCAUUGGUAACAAACACAAUAACUAGUGAUGUUGAUCGUGGUCAAUUUCAUACAUCUUAUGAUACAUUACCAAAUCAUUUUAUUCCUUUACUAACAGUUGAUCGAACAACGAAACAUCGUCAUGAAGGUACAUAUGAAUGUCAUGCAUCGAAUGCUCAUUAUAGUGUGUCAUCGUCAUGUAAUGUUAUUAUCAACGAAGUAGAACAAAAACAAUUUUCAACGGAUGAAAUAAUUUCUUCUCAAUCUAUAUUUGACACUAAAAAACGACCAGAAAUUGAUCGACAAGAACAAUUAUCUACAAUUGAUCGAAAACGUCUACGACUUGAUGAAUCAACAGUUGGUCAUCAAAUAUUUCAAUCUCAUCAACCUUUAUCAAAUAGUCCUGUUGAAUCACCAUUUCGUACAAUUGGUGAUCAACUUGUACCAUCAACUGAAGCUAAAAAAGAUCAAACAAAAGCUAUUAAAUGGAGUGAACAAGUUCAAACAUUUGCACGAAAUGAAUUACCAAUGGAACUCAAUACAUUACUUGCACCAAUACCAGAAGUAGUUCCAUCAUCAUCAUCAGAUGACAGUACUAGUAUAUCAACUCGUAAUGUUGAACAUGCUCGUCAUUCUCAAGCAAUAAUUUCAACAUAUCCAACAACAACAACAAGUCAUAGUUCUGAUAUAGUCAAUGAAACAAUUGGCAUGUGUCCAGUAUUUUUUCAAUUACUUCCAUCAAAUAUUGAAUGUGAAGAAGGUGAACGUUUAUUACUUUCAUGUCAAGUUAUGGCUGGUACACAAUGUCAAAUAAAAUGGUUAAAUAAUCAAAUAAUUAUUUCAGAAAAUGCAUAUCGUACACGACGUCAUUAUAAUCCUGAUACUGGUAUAUGUUUUAUAAUUAUUGAUCCAACUCAAACAACUGAUUCUGGACUUUAUCGUUUAAUUAUUUCAAAUCAACAUGGUCAAGUUGAAUCAACAUGUCAAGUUAAAAUUUUAAUUCGUCAAUUACCACCUAUGCCUGAAGAUGAUGUAUCGACACAUUUAUAUUUCAUUAAGCCAUUAUCAACAAUACCAAUCACAUGUCGUGAUGGUGAUACCAUUCAAUUAACAUGUGUUGUCCAUGGACGACGACCAAUCUAUAUACGAUGGUUUAAAGAUGAACAACAAAUAUUUAUCAAUGAUAAACAACAACAUACACGUCAAAUCAAUUUUGAUCCUUUAACUGGUAAAUCAACAUUAACUAUAAAUGAUAUUUAUCCAACUGAUAGUGGAAUAUACCGAUGUGAGGCAAAUAAUGAACAAGAAAAAACAAGUACAAGUACGACUGUUGAUGUUAUACAUUAUCAAUAUGAAGUUGAUAGUGAUAGAUCAUCUUUAUCAUAUGUAUCUGGACCACCUAGUGAUCAUGAAGAUGCAACAGAAUCACAAAUAACUUAUGAUAAAGCUGUAUAUGAAGAAUCUCGUCGUCUUACUAAAGAAUUAGAUGCUCGUAUUGCUGAUUUGUCUAGUGGAAAUAUAACGACCAUAGCAGAUGGACAAAAACCUGGUUAA